GUACGAGUGACUGAGAUGCUUCAAGGAUCCCCAUCCUGUGUUUGGUGUCAGUCUGGCAGUACCCUCAGAGCCUCUGGGUUUUGCUGUGUCUGCAGAAAGCAUCUCCAGGAGAUCCCAUCCUCUAGCACUAAUGUUUCCACUAGCUUGGAAUGGGACUCCGGCAAGACCUCGGACCUUCUCUCGGGAAUGGGAGUGUCGGCCCUUAAGAAAGACAAGCUGGGCAAUGAAAAUACACCACAGGACCUGCUGGUGUCGUCACCCUGCAUUCCUCCAAAACGGCAGAAGGUGAAGGACAACGAAAAGGACUUUGUUAUCGUGCGCCGGCCAUGGCUGCUUCGAGAGGCAGAGUCAGGUAUUUCUUUGGAUGCACUUCCAGAUGAAUUGCUUUUGGCAAUCUUUGCCUAUUUGCCCCUAAAGGAUUUGCUGAAAGUUUCUAUGAUUUGCAAGAGAUGGCAUCGACUUUCGUUUGAUGAAUCUCUCUGGCAGACUCUUGAUUUGACUGGUGGGAAUCUGCUGCCAGGAGUGCUUGGACAGUUGUUGCCUGCAGGUGUUACUGUGUUCCGCUGCCCAAGAUCUUGCAUUGGGGAUCCAUUGUUUAAAACAAGCAAUCUUCUGAAAAUUCAGCACCUGGAUUUAUCAAACUGCACAGUGUCUGCUGCAGAUCUCCACAGUAUUCUUUGUCUGUGUGAAAAGCUGCAGAACCUCAGCUUGGAGGGUCUAGUGCUUUCUGACAACAUCAUCAAGAGCAUUGCUAGAAAUCCCAAUUUGAUACGACUAAAUCUCUGUGGCUGCUCAGGGUUUUCUGCUGAAGCUUUGGAGCUGAUGUUGAGCAGCUGUUCUAUGCUGGAGGAACUGAACUUGUCCUGGUGUGAAUUCACAGCCACUCAUGUCAAAGCAGCAGUCAAUCACAUUACUUCAAAGGUCACCCAGUUAAAUUUAAGUGGAUACAGAGAGAAUCUGCAAAUAGCAGAUGUGAAAACGCUGGUGGAGAGAUGUCCUUUGCUUGUCCAUUUAGAUCUCAGUGACAGCAUGAUGUUAAAGCCUGAGUGCUUCCAGUAUUUUAAACAACUUGUGUUCCUACAACACCUGUGCCUUAGCCGAUGUUACCAGAUAUCACCUGCUGCCUUAGUAGAGCUUGGUGAAAUCCGAACACUGAAGACUCUUCAGGUAUUUGGAAUAGUGACCGAUAGCUCCCUGCAGCUCCUCGAGGAAGCUUUGCCUGACAUGAAGAUCAAUGGUUCACACUUCACCAGCAUUGCAAGGCCAACUGUUGGCAAUAAAAAGAGCCAUGAGAUUUGGGGCAUCAAAUGCAGAUUGACACUGAGAAAUCCUAGUUUCUUGUGAUCAUGUACAAUGCACUGGAUGCCAUGGACACACUGUGUUGAAGCUCCUUAGGAAAAAAAAAAAGUGCUGGAGCACCUUUUAUCAUAGUACUGUUACUGCCUAACUUGGUCUGACACCCUAAUGUUGUUUAUUUGUAUCCAUUUUCUUGUACGUAGAGCCUUUAGAAAUUUGAUCUGUGAGCAAUUGCAGAGUAUUUCUUUCAGCCUAUUUUACAGGGGAUCUUUGAAAAAAAAACUAUGAAACAAAUCACCAUUAUUAAGCAAUGUCAGCCUCUAGCAACUGUCUGCAGCUUCUGGAACAGCUUGCAGAGGUGCUGAUAUCUUUAUAAGUUUGAUUAAUGAAUUUACAGAAUUCUAAAUGAAUCCUUAUGUAUUAAAUCUAUUCAACUAUGUAACUGAAGAGAAGCUACAGUAGGAUGUAUGAAUUAAGCUUGAAAACAGUAAAUUGGGGAUAUCUACACAGAAACAGCUAAGCAGCAUAAAGGAGAUAUAGUAAAGUCUUUAUUUAGGAGACCACAGAGGAAACUUCUGUCUUUAGUAGCCUUCAUUUUUAGCCAAAUACAGUCUGAAAAGCCUGUUCAGAAUUAGCAUAUGUGUAAGAAGAUGCUGGUUAUCCAUUAUUUCAUGUUGUGGUCCUAGGUUUUCUGAUGACAUAUUAGAGAAACUUAGCGUAGCUUCUAUGAGCCUGAUCUGUGAACCUGCAACUGAUAAACUGGUAGAUGUUUUUGCAGGAGAAGGGCUCAAAGAGUUCUAGAUAUGACCAAAAACCAGAACCUGGGACUGCUGUCUAAGGGAGAGAUGCUUUGGUGCUAUCAAGAGACAUUAAUUUUUCUUUUAUAUUAGUUUGUUUGUAGUAGCACUUCACUUCUUGUAUUUGUAUCACUAACCACUGUUGUCUAGUGUUGAUUUUUUUAAGUCAUAGGAGAAGCUGAGAAACUGUCCAAAAAGGAAAAAAAAAAAAAAAACAACAAAUAAAGGAUAGGGACAGGUAAUGACUUUAAAUGAACCUUUCAUUUUCAUCUGUUAUCAGGGUCCUGAUGCAUAAGCCUAGAAUGUUCUAGCAGGUGUUUAACUUCAUAAUUCCUAGGGCAAAACUUGGACCUUCUGUAGUACAUAAACAUGCUGCUGUUUUUCCCAUGAAUGCAGUAAGGAAGCAGCUGAAUUUAUUCAUGGAUGUUUUUAAGAGUAGCCAACAUAGUGCUGUAGGCUUUUGCAUAGAUAGAGCUUUUCCAUUGCAGUCUUGAGAAAAAACAUUCAGGAAUGAAUACCUGGUAGUGCAGAACAGAUUAAUUACUGUGGAAAGAUUGUAUGAGUACUAG